AUGCCCACCCCACAGAUCAUGCUUCCCGCUCUGGGAGACGUGUUGUCAAACUUUCUCUAUGGUUUUCACGAGUCGGAUGCUCCAACCAAUGCCGAGCUCACGAAGCGGCGUCGAGACAACAUGGUCAACGCCUGCGAACGACUUUUGGCGGAUCUCGUCGGUCCAGGAGAUUUGUUGGAUUCCCAGGUCCGACAUGAAAUUGCCAUGGAAGCCUACGGUGGAUUUGCAAGCUCCGUCAACAUGCGUUCCGUGAUGUCUUUGCCGAAUGGUGAAAAUGAUGAUGCGUCGUUUGCAGAGUUUAAUCAAACGGAAAUCAAGCAUAACUUUGUCACCAAUGGACCCUUUCGGGAUGUUGCCCUGGCCAUUGUGAACUUUCAGCACCAUCUUGAUGAGAAUUUCUUUGGUUCUGUGGUACAGCGUCUUCAAAAGACGUACAAGGAUCAUUCCCUCGAGGAUUGCCGAGCCAUGGCCAUGGAGCUUACAGCUGUUGCCGCUGGAUGCGACGCCGUUCGGACCUUUUGCGCUGCUGCUGGGAUUGAAGACUAUCCUCCUCUUCCAGGGCCGCUCGAACCAGUCCAACCAGCGCGAUUUAGCACAGUCGCAGAUUAUGCCGUGUCUCCUUUGCAGUACAAUAGCGAAGUUGCGUGGGGCCCAUUUUUGACGCUGCGCAAUUUGCGUCCUGAAAUCGUUCAAAAGUUCCAAUUGGACACCAACUUGUGGAAGUUUGGCAGCCUCCGCCAUGCUCCAAUCUCCAAUGUCACGGCUGCGCCAUUGACAUGCCAGUCUGUCAUGAAGUUUUUCGAGGAAAUGUACGUGCCUUUGAACUACUUUCCUCGCUUCCUGCGAGUGCCUGGCCCCGAUCGUCACUUGGCCCGCGGCCAAAUUGAACCAGCAGCGGCUACCUACACGACCGUCAAGCAUUGCCGCCUCUGA